AUGAUCCAAUUUGUCCUCAUGUUCAACAAGGCUGGUAAAGUCCGUAUUUCUAAAUGGUACUCAGCUAUCAGCCAAAGAGAGAAAAAUGCAAUCACCAAAGAAGUCACUCGUCUCGUUCUUCGCAGACCACAAAAUCAUUGCCAAUUUGUCGAAUGGAGAGACAGUAAAAUUGUUUAUACACGCUACGCCUCUCUUUACUUCCUCUUCGCUGCAGAUGCAUCAGAUAAUGAAAUUUUCGUCCUUGACCUCAUUCAAUUCUUCGUCGAAGCUCUCGAUCAAUUCUUCGGAAAUGCUUGCGAAAUCGAUAUUAUAUUUAGUUUUUACUAUGUUUAUAUGCUCCUCGAUGAAAUGAUCCUUGGCGGUGAAGUUUUUGAGACAUCUGUUAAAAAUACUAUUGAUAGUCUGGUCAAUCAGCACAGAUUCAUUGAAGAAACAGAAGGCGAUAAGAUCUGUGAUCUUUAA